AUGGAGUUCUAUGACCAGGAUUUCUUGGAGGAAUUAAUGGCUCUAAGAAGAGAAACAUGGGACACCAAUCCAAGUAAUGAAGAAAACCAGUUCUUCUCUAAUGGCUGGAGUUUUGACUGUUUUGAUCAAAACUCUCUAGCUUAUCUCCCGAACUCUUCUUGUGGUCAAGAAGUUCCUCAAAGUUAUAACAACGACUACACCUUCAAUGAAAUCUAUGGCUCUUUACUUGAUGAAUCUUCUGCACCACAGAUUAUCGAUUCAUACUACAAUACCCUUGAUACUACACUUAGUACCCCUUCAUUUCUUGCUCAAGAAGAUUACCCAUUUUCCAUGAUGGAAGAAGAGGAUCCGGGUUUGCUUGGGGAAGAGCUUCAGAAUUUGGAGUUGCAAAACACAUGCAAAAUGGAGCCAACCCAAUCCCCUGAAAUGCCAGUUUUCAACAUGGGUAUGGGUUUGGAAAGAAAGAAUCGUGCAAAGAAGCUGCAGGGGCAACCCUCCAAGAAUCUAAUGGCGGAGAGGAGAAGAAGAAAGAGAUUAAACGAUCGUCUUUCAAUGCUAAGAGCUAUUGUCCCUAAGAUAAGUAAGAUGGACAGAACAUCUAUACUUGGAGACACUAUUGAUUACAUGAAAGAACUUCUGGAGAAGAUCAACAAUCUGCAACAAGAAAUAGAAGUAGACUCAACCAUGGCAAGCAUUUUCAAAGAUGAGAAGCCAAAUGAGAUCCUAGUGAGAAAUUCACCCAAGUUUGAGGUGGAGAGGAGUGUGGACACCCGGGUUGAAAUUUGUUGUGCAGGGAAGCCAGGGUUGUUGUUAUCCACAGUAAACACCCUGGAAGCAUUAGGCCUUGAGAUUCAACAGUGUGUUAUUAGCUGUUUCAAUGAUUUCACAAUGCAAGCUUCUUGCUCAGAGGAAAUGGAGCGAAGGACAAUGCUGAGUUCUGAAGACAUAAAGCAAGCAUUAUUUAGAAGUGCAGGAUAUGGAGGAAGAUGUUUGUGA